AUGGACAUUGGAGAGUACAUGUCUCCAAUGGAGAACGUGGACCCGACUUUAGCGGAGUUUGGGAAUGACUUAACUCUGGGGGAAAUCGAUGAGAUGCUCCAGCUUGUCAACCAGGACUUCCCCGACUUGUUUGAGGAGCAGAUGGCCUCCGCAGGCUCUUUAAACUCCACCCCUCGACUGGCCAGUCAAAACCCUGGACCCCCACAAGCAUCAACCCCUGUUGUCUACCACAGCCCCAGUGCUGGCCUCCGUUCCCCUCAGACUCUCCCUCCUAAUCUCUCUCCUGCGCAAAGCCCUUCUACAACCACAACUACUCGCAGUCCGCCGCCCCUUCAGCCACGGCCUCAAGUGGUCCAACCCAUCCAGCCCCAUGUAAUGGCCCAGCCCACUAUUCAGAUUCAGACCCAACGACUCCCACUUCACACAUUCCUUCCGACACCCAUCCAGACGCCGACGGCCCAAACUGUGGUGAUUGCUUCCAGCGGCGGGCAGUCCCGUAUUAUCCAAAACCCAGUCAUCUGCCACCCAAGUCCUACUACUGCUUUCACUGGUCUUGGUCUUCAACCACAGGUGCAGAGCUUCGUAACAUCACCCCAACUCCGACCAGGGACUAUUCAGCAGCACCUUCUGUCAACUGGCCAGACCAUCCAGACUCUCUCUACAGCACCUACUACAGUCCAUGCUGUGCCACAGCAGGUAAAAACAAUAUAGUUGUUUUCUGUUUUGGUUCCACAACCUCAGAUUCUGAAGACAGAUUCCUUGGUUCUGUCUCCCAUUCCAAACCCAGCAGGGAUCACCACAUUGACCACACCCAUCCAGAACACAACAACACUUCAAGUACCGACGUUGGUGGGCGGUAACCUCGUGACUACUGUUCUGGGAGGCGGAGAGAAGCUAACAAUCAAACACAUACAUUCAGGAUCCUCCCAAUGCACAAAUGGCACCAUAUCAAGCAUAGAGCAAAGCCCUAUCACUGGAGGGGGUGUUUGUCAAGGAGGGGUAGUAAAGGAAGGUGAGAGGAGGACUACCCACAACAUCAUUGAAAAGAGGUACCGGUCAUCCAUCAAUGACAAGAUUGUGGAGCUGAGAGACUUGGUCGUAGGCAAUGACGUAAAGAUGCAUAAGUCAGGAGUGUUAAGUAAAGCUAUAGACUACAUUAAGUACCUGAAACAGGCAAAUCACAAACUUCGACAGGAGAAUCUGGCUCUUAAGAUGGCAAACCAGAAGAACAAGCCAGUCACAUUGCCCGAAGAUAUGGAGCCAAAAGAAGAAAUUGUAAUGAUGUCACCUCCAGCGUCUGACUUGGGUUCAGCAUCCCCUCACCAAUUCUCUCCCUACGGUGUGGACUCUGAGCCGAGUAGCCCCUUAAUAGAUCAUGAUCAGAUGAAGUGUGAGCCAGAUUCUCCUUCUUCUGUCGGAGUGAUGGACGGUUCUCGUCUGCUUCUUUGUGCACUGACAUUCUUCUGUCUCUCCCUGAACCCACUGCCCUCGCUGUUGGGUUCUGAAACCUCAGAAAGUUUCUCUGCAGGGCAUGGCCCUUCUAGAGCUCUUGUCUGGUUCCCGAGUCCCACCCAGGAUUUUGCUUCUUGGCUCCGCUGUCUAUUGCCAUGGGUGAUGGUUUGGAUGCUGAGUGGACUGGGAGCAGUUUGGGGUUGCGUGCGAGUACUGUACCUCUGGGAACCCGUCACGCCCCUUCACUCCCCCAAGUCGGUCUCCUUCUGGAGACAUCGAAAGCAAGCUGAUGUGCACCUUAAGAGAGGAGAUUAUGCUGCAGCAUUGACCAGUUUGGAGACAUCUUUGUCAAUCUUGACCAGAGCGUUACCUUCCACCAAACUGGACCUUGUCUGCUCAUUGACCUGGAACCUGAUUCGCUAUUGUUUGCAUCGUCCGACUCCUCUCGGUUGGCUUGUGCACCAAAUCAGGGGAAAACACGAGGGAGACGAGGCUCGGACAAGUGCGAGGGAUGCAGCCCUGGUAUACCAUCGUCUGAGCCAGCUGCAGCUUACAGGAAAGCUGCCUCAGCGAAGCAGGUUGUGGGCCCUGUCUCUGUCUCUAAGUGCUGUCAACCUCAGUGAGAGCGCCCAAGGAAAGAUGGCACCUGCCCAACUUACCGAGAUCUAUCUCACAGCAGCCGCAACCCUGCGUACUGUACUGGGUCUCCAUAUCACCUGUCUGCCUGGUUACUUACUAAGUUGUGCUGAGAGCAUUGCAAAUCAAUGUGAAGCUAAGCACAUUCCUGACUCCCUCCGCUGGCUCUUCACCCCAUUGGGCAGGCAUUUUUUUCUCACCUGUGAUUGGUCGUUGAAGUCAGAGAGCAGUGAUGGGGUUUUUACAUCACAGAGAGACCCAGCGGACCCAAUUGCCCAGUUGCACCGCUGUUUCUGUAGAAAGCUGCUUGAGAGAGCUGUUCACACCCUUAUCCAACCGCAGAGCGACUCAGAAGUGGGCAAACAAAAAAACAACUCUGGGGAGUUUUCCAGUGCCCUUGAGUUUCUGCAACAGUUGAAUAAAUGCACCGAGGACUCUCCUUCUGCUCCUCCCUUCUCAACACCUUCCAAUCACACCAUUACACCAGUGAGAGAUCCAGUAAGUCGGUGGUGGGCUUUGGUCCUAAAAGCUGCUGUCUACUGGCUUCAGGGUGAUGAUGUGACUGUGAGGUCUCUUUUGGUGGAAGCGGAGAGAAUUCCAAGAAAUCUACUUUCUCUUGAUCACCCGCUGCCCAAAGCUGUGCAGUUACUCUGCAAGUCUGUCCAGACGAGUCUUUUACCUCUGAAGGGUGAAGGGACGUCGGACUGCCUACCCAUUUGUGACAAAGCCAGCAGCUACCUGCGCUCCAGCAUCUCCCUGCCUCUUGGCCAGCCUGGCGACUGCCUCAACAAGGCCAUGGAGCUGCUGGUAUGUGACCUUCUUCUAACUUUGAGGACCAGUUUAUGGCAGAGAGGAAGCGGCACAAAUGGAGAACCUGGCCCAACAUCUGCAUCGCAAUUAGCUGGUUUCCAGAGAGACCUCAGUGCGCUUAGAAAGCUCACACAGUGCUCUAGACAGGCCCAGUAUAAGUUGUUUCUCCAUGAAACCACAGUGAGGCUGAUGGCUGGCGCCAGUCCCACACGGACACACCAGCUGCUGGAUCACAACCUUCGACGCAGGACACACGGCUUACACACAGCAGAGGGUGAGAGGGAGCGAGCGCAUGCCAUCCUAUUGGCCUGCCGCCACCUGCCCAUGCCCCUGUUAACUCCACCCGGGCAUCGCGCUCACCUUCUGGCUGAGGCCAAACGCACCCUGGAGCGUGUAGGAGAUCGUCGAUCCCUGCAAGAUUGUCAGCAAAUCCUGUUGCGCCUGAGCGGUGGCACGACCAUGGCUGCUUCCUGA